GCUGUAGCCAUACUCUUAUGGCAUCGUCGCCAUAUUACAUUUCAUUCAACUCCCGCGAUUACAGGAAUUUACAUUCAACUUUAAAUAAUAUUCAAGCUUGAAAUAAAUAAAGGUUCCAUAUGAAUACUAAUUAUUUAUAAUUACAAAUAAUGGCAAAUUCCGACGAUCUUACGGAACAUAAAGUUGCCGAAGAAAAUGUUCUCUGUGGUGAUGGUGUGAAAGAAUACCUUGAGCCUAGAUUCGAGUGUCCUAUUUGUUUAACUUGGCUACGUGAUCCAGUUUUAACAUCUUGUGGUCAUAAAUUCUGUUCGCAAUGUAUAUAUACUUGGCUUCAAAAGGAGGGAGCUUGUUGUCCAGUUGAUAGUAAACCAUUGAAAUCUGAAAGUGAUUUAUUCAGAGAUCUGUAUACGAGUAGAGAAAUAUCUCAACAGCGUACUCGUUGUCCGUAUCAACAAUUUGGUUGCGAAGUUAAGUUAUCUCCAGUGGAUAUGGAAGCACACAUAAAUCAGUGCAUGUAUAAAAGAAGUCUUCCAGAUUCACAAAAUAUGCAUUGUCACUUUAAAAAUGUUGGGUGCUCCGAGACUUUUUAUUCAGAGGAAAAUUUACAUACACAUUUAGAAAGAAAUAUAAACCAUCAUUUAACUAUGGUGUUAAAGGCAUUACCACAGGUAUCUACUUCACAGAAUAAUGUUAGCGCAAUGGUUGCUGAAUCUAAACUAUGGGAUCCACCAUCUAAAAGUGCAAAUUCUUUAGAAAAACCAGAACCAUCAUUAGAAUGGCAACAAUUGUUGAAAAAUUUGUAUGAACGGAUAGUACUACUGGAACAGCAAAACCGAGAAUUGUUUAUAACGAUUUCUAAUCAGAAAACUCAGCUUACGACUUUACAAACUUCGUUACGAUUUAAUCAAGAGGAAUUGUUCUUACGUAGUUGUAAUGGUGUUUAUAUUUGGAGAUUACAUUCUUUCCAAGAAAAGCUUUGUAGUAUGAUGAAUGAUUCGCUAAAAAUGUUUUAUAGUCCUGGUUUUUAUACUAGUCUUAACGGUUAUAAAAUUUGUGCUAGAAUUAACGUUUCUUCUAAAGAUCCAGAAUUUUUAUCACUGCUUUUACAUAUAAUGAAAUCAGAAAAUGAUGAUGGUUUAGAUUGGCCGUUCAAUGGAACAAUGUGUUUUAUUUUGGUAAAUCCACACGAUUCAGAGAAGGAUAUACGAGAAAUAACUUCAUCUAGACCUGAUCUUGAAGCAUUUAGAAAACCAGUGUGUGAAUUAAAUAAACGUAGUUUUGGUUACACUGAAUUCGUACGAAUACGAGAUUUACCCGAUUUCUUACAAAAUGAUUGCUUAAUUUGUAGGAUAGAAGUUCGUGUUGAUGAUAGAUUUCAAAGACCAAAUAUAAUAUAACACAAUAUUCGUGUAUAUUCAGACGAAUUAAUAAGUUAUAAUGCAGUUACUUAUUUUAUUUAUAAUCAAAGUUAAAAUGUGAUAUAUUUUGAGACAUUUAAUUGCUUUAAUUAUUUAUGUAUCAUGCAUUUUUAAAAGUAUUAUAGUAAAUAAUACUUAAAGUAUGAUACAAUAAAACUGUGAAUUAAUUUCAUAUAAAUCUAUACACCAAUUAUCCCCUUGCCCUACAACAUCGUGACAUACUCGUGACGCAAUUUACAGUUCAAAUGUGUUAAAUUUGGUUGGUAUUUUUUAGGAUGAUUGAAUUUUAAAUUGAAUUCUAAUUAUAAUUUGCUCGGUCAAGGAUCGUUGAAUGCUAUGUAUGCAUGAUAUUUUAUUUUUCUGUAAUUGUUUUAAAAUUGAAGUAAUAAAUAGUUAGCUGUGUCUGAAAACUAUCUGCAACUAUCGAAAAAAGCAUAGGCAAAAGGGUUAAACAAUUCCAUCCAUUUGUAAUGUGAUAAUAAUGAUAAUUAAUUUUGUACUACAAGUGUAGUUAAUUUUACUACUACAAGUGUAAAUAUUUAUGUAACUCAAAUAAAACUUCUGAGAUUGUCCAGUA